CUCCCACUUUUAAGUGCCGCUGAGGGCAGGCUGCAGGUUUUUUUUAAUGUGGUGUUGGUGAGAAGGGAGAGCGAACGCUGCUUCAGUCUCUCUGUGACAGCUCUCCUGGAAACUCCGUGAAGAAGGUCCUCAGCAGAGAGGACAGACAGACAGGAGAGAGCUUUUCUCUCCGUUACUGUGGGAUUGUUACACUUCUCUCCCUACACCAGCACCACCUUCACUCCCCGGGCAAAGGAAGCAACACAAUAAAGCUCCAAAUGCUUGUCUCGGCGUGGACGCGAAGCAGAGACUAUUAGCAACUGCUGAAAAAUGGGCAAACUUCACUCAAAACAUGCGUGCAAGCGGAGAGAAAACCCUGAAGGAGACAGUUUCGUGGUGAAUGCCUACCUGAACCGGCGGGGCUUAGAGGAAUUCGAGCGCCAGACAACGGGGAUUGGUGUCCUGGAGCCGGCGAAAUUGCGCGGAUACCGACCCUUCUCUACGGAGGUAUUACAUGGAGAACUGAAAGGACAAUUAUUUGAUGACCAGUGCCCCCUGGAGGUGGUGCUCCCCCCAGAGAAAGCAGAGCCGUGUGAUGGAUUCACAUCCACCUUCAGCCAAGAAGAUGGAGAAAAGUGUCCUGGUAAAGAAACCAGUAGAGGGACCAGCAAGAAACGGCUGACCUUUGAUGAGCUAGAGUGUGACGUGUCUGUUGAAGAAGAUAACCAUCAGGAAUGGACCUUCACUCUUUAUGAUUUUGACAACUGUGGCAAGGUUACUAAGGAGGAUAUGUCCAGCUUGAUGCACACCAUAUAUGAAGUUGUAGAUGCUUCUGUGAACCAAUCAUCUGCCACCAGUAAAACACUGAGGGUAAAGUUGACAGUGACCCCUGAACCUUCGCAUAGGAAGAAAGAUGGUCUCACCAACGGUCAAGAUCGAGAAAGCAGCCGGUGCAAGAACGAAGGAGAACAUAUGGAGGAAAUGAAGAGCUUGGACAAAAGGCUGUCUGCUCAUCUGAGGAGAUACAACUGUGACCACCAGCAUUCAAAUGUUCGUGAACAUUACUGUGUAGAUGAAAACACAGAGAGAAGAAACCAUUACUUGGACUUGGCCGGGAUAGAGAACUACACAUCCAAAUUUGGACCAGGUUCCCCGCCAUUGCAGACCCGGCAAGAGCACCAUGGGAAAAAUGCUCACUCCCAGAACAGGUCACGAUCCCAGGAAUCAGAGGCCCAUGGCAACCACAACCGUCGAUCCCAGCUCCUGCUGGACCAGUCCUCUCCGACAAGCCUGGGCGAGCUCAGGUUGGGUGAAACACACCAGAGGCUGAAAUGCCAAGAGAAGCCACCGGGCAAAUCCUCCAAGGGAGUUGGCAAAGCUCCCACUGUGCCAGGCCAGAGCAGCGGUGGAAACAAGACCAUGAAAGGCCUGCACUACCACUCCCAACCCAACCAUCCGGGGCACGACCAUCACCAUCUGCAACAGCAGCAACUACACAGCCAUAAAAAGUACAGGCAACGAAUAAAAGAGAACCACUCGCCAAUGAAGGCAGCCCACGCUCAGCUGCCGGCGGUGGAGCAAGAAUUUGUACGGGAUCUGCCGCCGGUUAUGUCAGGUGAUGGCUAUGUGAUGCCCGUGGUUCAAAGACAUGAACACCAUCACCACCACGAACAUCAUCAUCACCAUCACUAUCAUCAUUACCACCAGUCAUGAGGAGCUGACGGCUGACAGAAAAGAAGAAAAAGAAGUCCCGUGUUUAGGGCAGGACAUUUCCCAUCUCUGCGAUAACUCUGUUUCCUGCACUGUGGCACUGGCCAUUUUUCAACUGAUAGGUUCAGGCCUGUGCGAGCAACAGUUCAGAACAAAUAAGCUUCAAAACCCAUGUCAGCUCCAUAAGUUGCAAUUUUUCUCACGAUACGUUGUUUUUUUGUUUCAGUUUGGAUUGAUAUGUGUGCACGUCUUUUUAGGGUUAAUAAUCACUUUCUUAUCUUCUCUCUUCUGUCUGUGGGACUAAGGUGAGAUAUGCAGUUCCUUGGAUGCAAUGCAAGACUGCCCACCAGGAGAAGCAGAUCUACUUUAUACUUUUCUUAUUAACUAGUGACUUUUAAAAAAAAAAAAAAAGACCUAUAAAGGUUUGAGACACCACUGCCAUUACUCUGCUGCGUAAGAAACAUGAACAUCAGAAUUUAUUAUGUUUUAUUAUCAGCUGAACGAAACUAAUAUUUAUACUGGACUGAUAGUGCAUUCUACACGUGUGCUCUGUGGUACCGUGGAUCUGAGCUACUAAGACAAACCAUCUUGGAUGGAAACCCUAAGCUCAAUCCACAAGCCAUCUAAGAGUGGGCUUCCUCUGUCAAAACAAGAUUGCCUUUACUGUAGGUACAAUUUUGAAGUGUAUUGUGAUAUGAACUGAUGGUGAGCAGUCUGUCAGCAUGUAUUGUUAACACCAUAAGGAUGAAUGUAACACAUAGUAAUCAUUUUAAAAUAUAAUUUAUUCAUAUAUUGAGAUCUUUUUUUAUUUUUUAGCUAUAUCCUCUUUGCUUUCUGUCAUUCAUGCUGAUGUCACUGAUAGGUGCCCAUCUUCAUAGGAAAGACAUUGAUAAAUUACAUUUUCCUUAAGGGAGAAAAAACUCUUGUUUUUCUUAUGUCUGCCGUGUGUGUGUCUCCACAAUCUCUUCACAGCUACUAAUUUUUUUCUAAACUUUUAUUAUUAUUAUUAACAAAAACCAUUGGAAAAGUUGUAGUGACAGAAGAUCAGAACAUAAAGUAAAACAAUUCCUACAAAGAUAAUUUUGCUUCUAAUACAAAAUGUCAGAAUCCCGCUGUAUCCUCUGGAUCAUACAAAACUUCAUUGUUUUGUAUCUCAGCUGGAAGACUUUCUGUGCUUUGGCCAUCAUAGCUCUGUUUCAGAAUUAUUGUCAAUACUUCCUCAAAGUUGAUGCCAGUGUCACAAGGAAUAUGUUACUGUAAUACUUUCCUUACAUUCCAGUUUUGUGUGGAUUUCUCCCAUAUUAUGUUGACGGUAUUCUCCCAGAUAUGUUAUCGAAAGUAGCCAUACCAUAUUGUAGUGAUAUUUUUUUAAAGAAAAAUGCCUUUCAUAAUAGUUCUACUUUAUUGGAUUUCACUGCGAUUUUUUUUAUAUAGUAUUGUACAUGAACUUAAUUAAAUGGAUUAUUUAUUUAA